GCUGCCGCUCCGGUUCCGCGUCCGGCCCGCGCCCGCGCCUGCGCCCUCUUGAGCAGCCGCCGCCGCCGCCGCCGCCCCGGAGAGCCGAGCGGAGCCGAGGGAGCCGAAGCGAGAGCCGGCGCGGCGGACGGCGGGCGGGCGGGCGGGCGGGCGGCGCGCGGACAGCUGACCUGCCAUGGCCGACCAGAGGCAACGCUCGCUGUCAACCUCCGGGGAUUCACUGUACCAUGUGCUGGGCCUGGACAAGAACGCCACCUCUGAUGACAUCAAAAAGUCCUAUCGGAAGCUUGCCUUGAAGUAUCACCCUGAUAAGAACCCCGAUAACCCGGAGGCUGCAGACAAGUUCAAGGAGAUCAACAACGCCCACGCCAUCCUCACAGACGCCACCAAGAGGAACAUCUAUGACAAGUACGGCUCGCUGGGACUGUACGUGGCUGAGCAGUUCGGGGAGGAGAACGUCAACACCUACUUUGUGCUGUCCAGCUGGUGGGCCAAGGCCCUGUUCGUCUUCUGUGGGUUGCUCACAUGCUGUUACUGCUGCUGCUGCCUGUGCUGCUGUUUCAACUGCUGCUGCGGGAAGUGUAAGCCGCGGGCGCCGGAGGGCGAGGACACUGAGUUCUACGUGUCCCCCGAGGACUUGGAGGCGCAGAUGCAGUCGGAUGAGCGGGAGGCCACAGACACGCCCAUCGUCAUCCAGCCAGCGUCUGCCACGGAGACCACCCAGCUCACAGCUGACUCCCACCCCAGCUACCACACCGACGGGUUUAACUAAGUCCUGAGCAGCUGUGAUGAGCGACGGGUCUGCACAGCCACCUUAGAAUCAUGAACUGUAGUCCCGGGGCCCGGGGCCUCCUGCUCCGGCCUCCCCACCCAUCCAUCCCGACAGUCGAGUGCGUAGCAUGCGGUAUUGAAAGCAGUUUUGCUACGGCCUCCUCUCCUCUUCCUUUCUGAGUAGCAUGUCUGGGUUCCGUCCUUGUGUCUGUGCGUGGUGGACGUGCCGUGGUCUGGCCUCAAGCACCGGACUGAGGAGUUGCCGGUGCCCAGAACUGGUCAUGCCACUCGGUGCCCGUCCGUCCUUCCUUCCCGUGCUCCCGGAUCGGAGUGUUCUGUCCAUUGUGUGGCCUCUCACGCCCUCUGAGGGCUGCCGCAGGGGCGGGGGCGGGCUCCCCAUGAUUCCUCGUGAGAACUCUGACCCUCCACACCCUCGGACUCUGUUCUGGGCCUCUGGGCAGGCGGCCUGUCAUUCCCAGGUCCAAACCAGGCCCCUCCCGCGCCCGCCCACCCAGCACCCCGCCUCUGGCUGCGCCUCCACAUUCCUGCCAGCCCACCUCUGCUUUGUCUUUUCCUGGACCAGCCAGGCCGAGGGGCUGAGAGCCCAGUGCGGCGCAUGGCCAGCCGCGUGGACCCCUGGACCCACCUCCACAGCCCUUUCCUUCCCCUGCCCGGCCCGCCUCCCCACAGGCAGGCUGGGGGCAGGUUCCUGGAGGAAGGUGCUGCCCCCGGGAUCUCGGGGCCUCAGCUCCCCGCUGGAAGUCCAGGUGCUCCCCGCACCCACCCUUUGAGCAGCCCUCCCCGCAUCUCUGCCACUACACACGCCCCGCCAAAACCAGAUCCCCCGUCCCCCUUGAGGCUUGCUCCCUGCAGAGCCCAGGCCGCCCUUUGUCGGGCCCGUACUCAAUGAAGGACUCGAGGCGAGGACAGAGGAAGCGGCACGGGAACAGUGCUGGGCAGGCAGAUGGGCGGCACAGCAGGGUACGGCUGCCACUGGUCUGUGCCACUUGUUUCGUCCUGUUCGGUUUUGUUGUUCAUUAAAAUCGUUGUGAGGACUUGA